AUGGGCUGCUCGAACGAUGGCGCAAAGGCCUACAUGGCUGUGCAGCAGCGUACUGAGCGCAGUGCGGAGAAGCAGGACCUCGGCAGCGCGUUUGUCGACGUCGAAGGGUUCGGCUUGGCUGCAGCGACCAGCCAAUGGGGAAAGUACUCAAAUGUGCAACUUAACGAAGUCACCACUCUGUAA